CCCCCUAUACCUGUACAGGUGAGCUGCGUACCCAACUUUGGGUGAAUAUUUCUUUGUUGUCUAAUGUAAAAAAUAUUUAAUAUUUUAUUUAAAUUAUUUAUCAUAAGUUCAAUAGACAUAAAUAAUGUUUAAAAAGAAACAUCAAUAGUAAGAGCACUCUUUGAAAAUGAAUAUGUGCCAAAAGUGUUAAGUUCUCUAUCAUAAAAUUUCAAAUAUACACGACUGAGUCAUCAUUUAACAGCAAGUACUCGAAUAUAAAAAAACAACUUCAAAAAGCUUGCACAACUAAUUAGCGAAACCAAACGGGAUUCUCACGAAAAGAAACAGAAAAAAUGUCGCGAAACAAAGUUGUUCAACGUAGCACUAUUAAUCCAUUUGAAAGCCUCAUUAACAUAUUACCGUGCGAUAGGCCCAUCAAAAGUAUACAAUUGCUUGAGAAUUACGAGGCAUGCCCUGCUCACUUUAUUCCUUUGCAUAAGACAUUGGAUAGCGACAGUGAUGCAGAUCUUUUCAAGGAAAAUAUUUUAUUUGGAAAGAGGCAUACACGAUAUUUGUGUAUAUCCAAGACUGAAGGUCUUCCAAAUUUCGUUUUAGAGAAGCUCAAAAUUAUCGGUACCAAUGAACAUCUUGCAAAUGAAGGAUUCAUAUCAAUAAAAAACACCUCAGAUACAAACCAAAAGGCUUGGAGAAAGAAGCAAUUGGUCUAUAAAUUGUCAAAGACUGAAGUUGCUGCCGAAUGCAUCACUGACAUAAUUAUUUUAACAAAGUUCAAUCGUCAGAUGAUAACCGACGGUUUUCAAUAUUUAGGAGAACUAGAAAAAGUACACAUCUGCUAUAAAGUGGCUCCAGUGAAGCCUGAAAUUUCCGAUUUCACGGAACAAAUUGAGAAUCUCAAAAUCAAUUCAAAUCUUUAUCCUUCGACUGAAGGUGAUCAUUAUUAUGAGUCAUUACAAGCUUCUUAUCAGUUACCCAUAUCACCGUCAAAUCGUCCGGUUCCAUUAAGAAAGGCUCCUUUACCGCCUACACCAACUACACCAAUUGAGAUAACAAACAAUGCCAGCAACAAUAGUAAUACUGGAACAUUAUCUCAUUAUCACAAUGACUUCAUUGGUGUCCCGUGGGCAGUUUUGAAUCCAAAAUUGAAAACAACUGCUUUUGAUUUGGAUUUACCGAAAUUCGUUGAUAGAUUUGAUGCUCUCGAAUAUGAUUUUCAAUUGGAACGACAAAUUCUUUGUACAACAAAAGGAGAAAAUAGGAAAUCAUCUUCAACUAAUCCAUUUUUUUAAAAGCCAUUUUUGUCCCUUACAUGGCGUUAUGAAUGAGAAAAGAAGCAGCUGAUUAAAAAUAAUAUUGAUCAAAACACUGAAUUUUUUAAAUAUAUUUAUAUUAGAAAAUAUCUAAGAAACUAACAAGGAGAAAAUGAAAAUUUAUUACGUAGAUCAAGACGUAUCUUUUUUUAAUAUAUUAAAGUAAUAAAUGUUUGCGAAUACUGCCCCUUUAAGGUGUAUGAUAUUUAUAAGAAAGUAGCUAUAAAUAGAUUUUUUUAAAUCAAAUCGAUUUAUUAGAUAUUAAAACAAAAUGUAUCGUUUAAUUAACAUAAAAUGCAAUUAAAAUUUUAAGUAGCAAAUAAAAAGUUUUA